GGGGACAAAUAUUUUCCAUUUUUUGCUUCGUAAUAACAUUGCUUAAACUGAAAUUUUAAUCCAUCUUGUUCCAAAAUUCUUCAAAUUCCUCGGAAUUUUCUAUAAUACGGUGACCGUAAACCCUACUCCCGUUCACCGUAAAAAUGUUCAAGAAGUUCUCGUCUGAAGAGGUUUCUGCACAAAAUCAGGUGAAAGCAUCUGUGCAUAGGAAAAUCCGGCAAAGUAUUGCAGAAGAGUACCCAGGACUUGAACCUGUGUUGGAUGAUUUGCUCCCAAAGAAGUCCCCACUGAUUGUUGCUAAAUGUCCAAAUCAUCUGAAUUUAGUUCUGGUGAACAAUGUGCCUCUGUUCUUCAACAUACGCGAUGGACCUUAUAUGCCCACACUACGGCUUCUUCACCAGUAUCCAAACGUAAUGAAAAAAUUACAAGUUGACAGGGGGGCAAUAAAAUUUGUCAUUUCUGGUGCCAACAUAAUGUGCCCAGGGCUUACUUCUGCUGGGGGUGCCUUAGACGACGAAGUAGAGGCAGAAACUCCUGUGGCUAUAAUGGCUGAAGGGAAGCAACAUGCUCUGGCUAUUGGAUUUACAAAAAUGUCUGCGAAAGACAUUCGGAAUGUCAACAAAGGAAUUGGUGUGGAUAACAUGCAUUAUCUUAACGACGGCCUCUGGAAGAUGGAGCGCCUAGAUUGAGGUUUGUGCAAAUCAAGAGCAGUAUCCCACUAUUAAAUGUUGAUCAUACUGAAGUUUGGUUUUGGUUUACCACUUUAAUUAACAAUGUUUCAUCUCAACAGUGUGUUUCUAAGUAGCAAACAUGACGCAACGUUGACUACAAUGAAUAGCUUUUUAAGCUAAAUUGUGUAAUAGGGAAGAGCAAAUUCCUCUUGAAUGAUGGUUUGGUGUGUUCAGAAUUAUGCUAAGUGUAC